UCAGCUACUUCUGUUGCAUUCUGACACUAAACAGCUAGAAACCUCAGUUCCAUAGACUGCUCUGCCUCUCUUCAGUUUUAUGUUUCAUUUUCUAGGGCAGCUCAGAAUACCUAUCCCCACUUAUAUGAAGGACAUUCCAAAGGCUAUAGAUAAAUGGUUAGACAAAGAAGACACAAAAGGUGAGGUGCAGGAGAUGGACUGUGGCUUUCACACCCUGUUUGAGUAAGCCCCUCUUUAGCACUUUUGACCAUAGCAGAAUGUGAGGAAAAAACUCUGUUCUUUGAGGAUCCAUGGAGUUCCGUUACACACACAUGAUUACUUAACACCACUGGUCAUUGCUGUUCACUUGAGACUUCAGCUCCUCUACCCUUCCUAGAGGAUGGGGAGAAAGCCUGAAGUUCAGACCUAUUCCUGUCUUGGUUACCUUGGUUUCUAGCAACCUUUCUGAAACUCAGAACCCUCUGGACCUCAUUUCAGUGCUCAACAUAAUCAUUCUUAACAAUCCAGAGAUGCCAGGUGAAUUACACAUCUGAGAACUUUAUAAAGACAUGUUUUUAUUAGGUUACAGGAUGGAGGUGGUUUAUUUUCUUUAAAUUAGUUCAUCCUUUUGAUUUUUCACUUGUGUCACCUCUGUGUAAAGCUCUUAAAUGUCCACAUGGUAAAAUGUGUUUGUUCCCUUUUAGGGACAGUUGACAUUCAGUGAUGUGGCCAUAGAGUUCUCUCAAGAGGAAUGGGACUGCCUAGACCAUGCACAGAGGGCUUUGCACAGGGAUGUCAUGUUGGAGAACUACAGCAACCUGGUCUCCCUGGGAAUGACACUUCAAAGUCUGAAUGCUGUGUCUAAGUUGGAACAAAACAAAGGACCCUGGACUGUGGAGAGUGAGGCAAUAAUAACCAGAAAAUCAAAUGUACAGGAAUAUGUCAUAGCUAUGAAUGCAGAAAAUAUUGAUUGUAUGGAAGCUAAGUCCAUCAGCAAUGGCUCUUCAAUUUUGUCCUCUGACAGAAUUUUUCUUAGUGGUGACAAAGCACCCUUUGUUCAUGAAUAUGAUGUUUAUUCUUCACUACUUAUGAAAGGACAGAAAGCAGCCAUUAAGGAAAAACCUUAUCAAUGUAAUGAGUGUGACAAGGUCUUCCGUUAUACUUCUUCUCUAGCAUAUCAUCGGCAAAUUCAUACUGGAGAGAAACUUUACAAAUGUGUUGAGUGUGGUAAGGCUUUUUUUCGGUGUUCUUACCUUUUGGUACAUGAGAGGCAUCAUUCUGGAGCAAAACCUUACAAAUGUAAUGAAUGUGGUAAGGUCUUCAGUCAGAAUUCACACCUUAAAAGUCACCGAAGAAUUCAUACUGGUGAGAAGCCAUACAAAUGUAAUGAUUGUGGCAAAGCCUUUAGUGUUCGUUCAAACCUAACUCACCAUCUGGUAAUCCAUACUGGAGAUAAACCUUAUAAAUGUAAUGAGUGUGGCAAGGUCUUCAGUCAAACCUCAAGCCUCACGAUCCAUCGAAGGACUCACACUGGAGAGAAACCUUAUAGGUGCAAUGAGUGUGGGAAAGUAUUCAGUUCACAUUCAAACCUAAAUACCCAUCAGGCAAUCCAUACUGGAGAAAAACCCUACAAAUGUUCAGAGUGUGGCAAGGUCUUUACUCAGAAUUCACAUCUUGCAAAUCACUGGAGAACACAUACAGGAGAGAAACCUUACAAGUGUAACGAGUGUGGGAAAGCCUUUAGUGUGUAUUCCAGCCUCACUACCCAUCUGGCAAUCCAUACAGGAGAAAAACCCUACAAGUGUGAAGAAUGUGGCAAGGUCUUCACUCAAAAUUCACAUCUUGCAAAUCAUCGUGGAAUUCACAGUGGGGAGAAGCCUUACAAGUGUGAAGAAUGUGGCAAACACUUCAAUCAAACUUCAAAUCUUGCAAGACAUUGGAGGGUUCAUACUGGAGAGAAGCCUUACAAAUGCAGUGAAUGUGGCAAAGCUUUUAGUGUGCGUUCUAGCCUGACUUCCCAUCAAGUAAUCCACACUGGAGAAAAACCUUACAAAUGUGCUGAAUGUGGCAAGGUCUUCAGUCAAACUUCAAGCCUUUCAAUCCAUCAGAGAAUUCACACUGGAGAGAAACCUUACAGGUGCAACGAGUGUGGGAAAGCCUUUAAUUCACAUUCCAACCUAAAUACCCAUCAGGUAAUCCAUACUGGACAAAAACCCUAUAAAUGUCUGGAAUGUGGCAAAGUGUUUACACAAAAUUCACAUCUUGCAAAUCAUCACAGAACCCAUACAGGAGAGAAGCCUUACAAAUGUAAUGAGUGUGGCAAAGCCUUCAGUGUGUAUUCAAGUCUGACCACCCAUCAGGCAAUCCAUACUGGAGAAAAACCUUUUAAGUGUAAUGAAUGUGGUAAGGUCUUCACUCAAAAUUCACACCUAGCAAGUCACCGGAGAACUCAUACUGGAGAAAAACCUUACAAGUGUAGUAAGUGUGGUAAAGCCUUUAGUGUGCGUUCAAGCUUGACUACCCAUCAGGCAAUCCAUUCUGGAGAAAAACCUUACACAUGUAGUGAAUGUGGCAAAGUCUUUAGUCGAAGUUCCAACCUUGCAAGUCAUCAAAGACUUCAUGUUGAACAGAAAGAUAUGUCAAUAUAGCAAGGUCUUCAGGCAUGAUUCACUUCUUGCACAACAUCCAGGAAUCCAACCCUAAGAAAAUAUUAGUAUUGUGUUAAUGAUAAGUACCCAUCAUGAGUUCAAAUAUGUCAUUGGAUGUCCUGGUAUGCAUGUACAACCACACACUUUCUAAGGUGUUGUAGGACCACUGUCUGCCCGGGAUAUAUAGGAAAAAUGUGAUUUAAAAUUAAAAAUAAGGGACUGGAGAGAUGGCUCAGCGGUUAAGAGCACUGGCUGCUCUUCCAGAGGUCCUGACUUCAAAUCC